UUAUUUUCUUCAUCUCUCAAUCUCUUCCUUCAUUUUAAGCAGCCUAUAAUUCAAGAAAUUUGGGUGCUGUUUCACUUUUUGUAACUUAUACACCAAAUAAUUAAAUCUAAGCCAUGUUUAGAGCAAUGAGUACACGAAGGGACUACAGAGGAUACGGAGUAUUGAAUAAGGAAGAUGAGGAGGAGGCUAGUGCUCCAAUAUUGGGAAUGCCUAAAUUGAGCAGAAACAGAACAGUUCCUGCUGCUGCUAAAUUCUUUAGCUCUUCAUCAAAGAAGGUCACAUCUGAGGACAAUUUUCGUGCAAGUGCUCAGGUAAAGGAAGCAAAAAAAGUGAGCAAGAUUCAUCCGAUAUUUAGUCUAUUCGAAACGAAGAGGAAGAAGAAGGCAACUGCUAGGCCUGAAUUCUCAAGGUACAUUCAGUAUCUUAGAGAGGGAGGUUUUGGAGAUGUUUUGCAGACGACUACUUAAUUCCUACAAAACCAUCUUGGCUGCAGUUAAUUAGUGAUUUAAAAUAUGUUAAUUUGGAUUUUGUGGUACAGAAUUAAUUAAGACGAUCAUUGAUUUUUUAUUUUAUAAAUUGGUUUACUAUAUAUGGUCUUACGGAACUUGACAAUUUGGAGCUGAUGAGCAUGAUAUUCAAUUGUAAUGAAGUGUACGUGUAAAUAUACGUCAUAAUGCAAACUUGUUUUAUCUUA